AAUGUAAACCCGAGAAAAAUUAGGAGCGUAAGCAAAAAGAAUGCUUAAAAUACUCUCAGAUUUUAAAGGUUAGAUUAUAGAUGGUUAUAAAGUAUAUUAUUAUUGAAUAAUUAGGUUAUUCUUACCUGCAGAGAUUUAGUGUUGCCUGAUAUUAAAAAGCUAAUUGAGCUUCUAUUCAUAUUUGAAGGUUUAGGAUUUAUUACUAGGAUAUCUAAAAAAAGAUUUAUUUAUUCUGGUUUGAAAGGAAUGACUGCUAGAAUUUUGGAGGGUGUAGAAAUUGCAUUAACAAGAACUUAAUAUGAUAGAGAGCAUUGGCUUUUUUCAGAAGAUUACAUUAUUGAAAAUAAAAAAUAUUCAAUUAGAUAAAGUGUCUACUUUGGAUUAUUUUAUUAAGAGAUUAUUACAUAAAUUUUUAGUAAUCAAGGUUAGAUUUUUAUUAUUAACUAGGUCGAAUGAUUGCUAGAGAUACAAUUGAAAAAUUAGUUGAGCAAUUACAAUUAACUGCUAAAGAACAAAGUAGUGCUCUAAUUAUUAAUGAAAUGGCUAGUAUAAUGACAAGUUUGAACCUUUUAGAUAAGUAAGUAUAUAUUGUUAUAAUUCAUAGGAGAAGUCCAGCCGAUGCUUAUGAAACAUAUCUAUGGAUAGGACCUGACAUUCUACAUUAAUUUAUGGUUGAACAAUUAAAUCCGUAUUCGCUUCAAGUAUGAAAUAGCAACUAAUAAGUUGAAAGAAUAAUUAACAAGUAAAGUGAAGUUAAAUUUCGAGAAGGAAUCCACUUAUUUUUCGAAUUUAUUUAGAGAUUUAGUAGAAUUUUAAGUUUAAGAUAAUGAAGUGAAAUUGCCUUUGGUUAACUUUCCUACAGCAGCAUAUGCAUUGUUAAAAGGGAAACAUAUAACUUACUAUAUAAAAAAACUAGCAAUAAUUAUCGGAAGAGCCAAUCAGACUAAGAAUAGCAAAUAUGAAUGGGAUGUAGACUUAGCUUUAGAUCUAGGAUAAAAGAUUUCAAAAUAACAUGCUGUCAUCUCUUACAAUAUGGAUAAAGAAUUGUAAAUAUAAAUUAUGAGAUUUAGUUUUGAAAUAAGAUGUUUAAGCAACAAAAAACCAAUAUAUGUAGAUUCUGUAACAAUAACCUCAAAGGAUAAUCCUGUUAUUUUGAAGCAUAGAUCUUCAAUUCAAAUUGGAAAGUUUAUUCUUAUGUUCUAUUUACCAAAAUUUUCAUCAGAAAUUUAAAACUAAGAGGGUACAGAAUAAAACAUGGUUGUAGAAUGAG